AUGGCACCUUACGAAGCACUAUAUGGUCAUAGGUGUCGCACUCUUUCAUGUUGGACUGAGUUGGGUGAGCAGCGUGUUCUGGGUCCUGAACUAGUAUUUGAUAGCAAUGAUAAGGUCAGAUUAGUUCGGGAUCGAUUGAAGGUAGUAUCAAACAGACAGAAGUCGUAUGCGGAUCUAAAAUGUAAGGAAAUUGAGUAUUCUAGGAGAUUUAUCUUUCUAAAGGUCUCACCAUGGAAGAAGGUGCUGAGAUUUGGGCAUAAGGGCAAGUUGAGCCCAAGGUUUAUUGGGCCUUACCGCAUAUUGAGACGGUUAGGACCAGUUGCCUACCAGUUAGAGCUUCUUCUGGAAUUAGAGCGGAUUCAUGAUGUGUUUCAUGUCUCUAUGUUGGGACACUACUGUUCUGAACCUACACAUGUUGUACCGGUUGAGGAGAUUGAAGUUAGACCAAAUCUGACUUUUAAGGAGGAACCAGUUCAGAUAUUGGAUCGAGAUGUGAAAGUAUUGAGAAGGAAGUCUAUUCCACUGGUUAAGGUCUUGUGGAGUAAUCACAGCUCUAAAGAGGCCACAUGGGAACCCGAGGAGGAGAUGCGACAAUAA